UAACAUUCUUUUGUAAUAUACGACAGCUCCUGGAACAUUCAACUCCCAAAAAUACCUGAAAGAAGUAUGCUGACUCCGAUUUCUCCGGAACAGCCGUCACCGCUCCAUCACAAGCAAUCCUUAAUCCAUUAUCCGAUCUGCGGUCUUCGAAUACUGCUGACUCGGAUAUUAUGGCCGUAGACAUCUUGCAUGGAAAGUCUUGCAUGCGUCUCCAUACGGUGCGCACCUGGCACGACUCCAUCUAAUGUUUUAGCUCAACAAAAAUCAACAAGACGCCAUUGGGACAAUGACAUCCCCUGGUAAAUAGCAGAGCAAGAGGACGAAGAACUAACAAUCUCUAGAAGAGUUGAAAACUAUGAACAUACCGCUCUCCACUAACCACCGCACAAGUCGGAAUUACUACCAAUCCUCCCGCCAGAUCUUCACAACCGACUCCCCAAUUACAGACCUACAGUGUCCACGUUGUCCUUCGUACACAGAACGAUAUAUAUUCAAGCCUUCAACAAGUCCACACUCCGAAGUCGUUAGUCUCCGGUAUUUUCCAUGCCAAAGAGACAACAAAACCACCAAGCUCCACCGUCCAUCACUCCUUCCCCUUCCAUCCCAGAAACCAUUAACGUCCUUUACCAAAAUCUCCCGCGAAACAACUCACAUCCUACAUCUUCUUCGAGCAAUCCCUCCACUGGCCACUACAUCCCACAUCAAAAUCUUCCGCCCGUCAACUAACUUAGAUUCCGAUAGCACCUCUAAGCACGCCACCUAUCACUGCACCUUCAACCAAACACACCGUAUCUCCUCGCCCUCCUCGAGUCCCCAAUACGCAACAAGCUCAACGCCAACACAUCCACACCUGCCGUGCAACGACAAGAAACGUCUGUACCCAACCCGCUAGAUCCUGUACUCCUCUGCAACUCUACCCGACGCUGCAAACCCAAGGGAACGCAAAGACAACACAUCCGUGACCAGGGUGCCAGCCCAAGGGGACAGAA